AUGAAAGGUGGUGUUAAAUGGAACGGCAACUACACGUCGCUUCUCCCUGAUGUGGCGGCUCAAAUUUGUGCAGAGUCGGGUGCCAAGCACAAAACGACUGCUGGCAGAGUGAUCGAGCGAAAAGCAGAAGCCAAAUACAAGAAAACCGAUAAAUACACUACAAAGACUGCCGCCUACAAGCCGAUCAGACGCCAAAUCGACUCUCUUCGAUGCUCAAUCUCAGCCCACAAGGAUCAGAAGAAAUAUUGUUUGGUAUGUAAGCAUGUUUAUUGUUGUCACGGACACACAACUACAAAU